AUGACCGCCGCCAACGGCACCCUCACCCCGCCGUCGCUGCCGCCCGCGCCCGACUCGCCCUCUGCCACAAAACGCAAACUCGCCGAGCCUCACACAAAUGCUGCUAAUGGCGCAUCCACGACUGCGCAGGGGGAGAGCGCAAAAGAGAAUACACGUUCUCUGCAGGAAGUACUGGGGGAUGUACUGGCAGUCCUUAAGAGCUACGACACAAAACCCUCCAUUCUGUCACAUCCCAUCACCUCCUCGAUAACGCGAUCUGCCUCUGGAGAAGCCGACUCGAAGCGCACUAAGCUGACCCCACCAAAUGGCCCUGCUACUAUCAGCAACCUGAUACAAGACGGCUCCUACGAUUCUUUGCACGCAUUAGAGAAGGAUGUCGAGAGCGCUGUCGCCGAAAUCUUGGCGUCCAAUGGCCCGAGCGACUCAUCAACAGCGCCCACGUCUCCUGAAGAUAAUGCGCUACAAGGCAGACUGCUCGCUUUUCAAACCAUUUUAAAGAACCUGGUUGCUAGAGAAGAGGCGCGCAAGGCACAUGGUUUGGGAAAGGAAAUCAACGGCGAUGCGGAUGCUCAGGUCUCUACAGAGGAGGGCACUCCGGCGCCCAUAAAGGAGGAAGAGCAAGACACGGAGAUACCCCAGAGUAGGACUGUUCUCACGUUGUACGGAAGCGCGCCGCCAAAGCAGCUAUUCUCCAGCUUGCAGCAGCCUCAGAAGAUAUCACCCACCAACGGAAUAUCUACCCUCGAUACCGCCGUCAAGGUGACUCUGCCUCUUCGCGAGACGAACCUGCCGAAUCUCAUCUCGACCACUGAAGUAUAUCCACUCCCUGAUCCGGACAGCAAGAAGAAGGUCACGACCAUUGGAGAGGUCUUCCGUGCACCUCCCAACCUGCCACAGAUCAGCCCUCCCAAGUCCGCUCGACCAACAACGAGCAAAGGCAAUAGUACCAUUACCUUUGCGCACCAAGAAGCACCCAAACCUCGCCGCAAGGGGUCCCAAUCGUACGCGCACCAAAAUCUGUCAUCCGGAUUCUGGCUUGGUUAUGGCGGAGUGGACAUGCCGAGAGACCAAACCUCGCCAACAGCGAAGCAAAAGAGCAGACAACGGGCGUUGAGCAUGGGCGAAGCGCAGCAGCCACCGUCUGAAGCGAUUCUUGUUGCAGUCCAACAGGCCAAGGAAGACGCCCUGUUCCGCAGUGCUUACUCUAGCUUUGCUCCGACCCGAGAUGACAGCUCCGCCAUCGUCCCGGAAGAGACUAAGAACAUGGUAUGGUGGCAGAAGGUUGGAGAGAAGCGCUUCAACGACAUGUUCCCUAUUGAUCCUGCUCUACUAGAUCCUAAGGAGGCUAAGCAAGCACUCACAAACGGAACGGCUGACGAGGAUGAAUUGUUCAAAGAGGCCGUGGAGAAUUUCACCCCAGUCGAAGGAGACGUAUUGCCUGGGAUGGAGGAGAAGACGGAAGAGGAGAAGGAUACAGACGAGGUGCUCAAGGAGAUUUCCGAACUCUUGGAGACAUUGGCAUCUUACCAACGGAUACGAAACCUCUCCCUUACAACCAACCCGCGCACACCUGUUGUACAAAACGCUUCACUUGCGACCCUGGCCGGUAGUCCAUCCACUCCCUCAUCAGAAGAGUUCGAUGUGUAUCAGAUUCUCAAGUCGCAACUUACCUUGUUGAUCUCACAGCUUCCGCCGUAUGCUGUCGCCAAACUUAACGGAGAUCAGAUGGACGAACUCAACAUCAGUCGAACCAUCCUGUUCGAUACCAAAGAGUACAAGGGAGUCUUGGAAGAGGAUCAGCUGUCCAAACUGGCAAAGACGCCGGGGAUGGCAGCCGCAACGCCAGCUACUUUGGCUCGAACGAGCUCUGGAACCAAUGCACACUAUCCCGCGGCUGGCCAUCAGUACAGCCGUCCAGCGCAGUCUGUGCCUCAGUCAGGCGCCCGUCCAGUGUAUACACAACCGCAGUCUCUCCACCGAUCAUCCUCGAUGCAUCUACAACGCUCGCCUUCGGGUGCUGCGCAGACAUUUCAACCAGGCGGUGCGUCUUAUGCCCCUAAUGCUCGACCAGGCUAUUCAGCAACCCCAUCCUAUAGCCAACAGACGCCACGACCAAGCUAUGGAACUACUCCUUCUGGGCAGUACUUCCCACAGCGCUCUGCACAGCCAAAUAGCUACAGUGGCGCCACGGGCUCGCAGUACUACAACUCCACACCUGCACAGGGUCAGAAUCGAUAUGCAGCACAGCAGAAUCAGAACAGUUUCUAUCCUCGCUCACAAAACGCGGCGCCUCUGUACAAUGGCGCACAAGCACAACAGCCACGCAAUGCUUCGCCUAUGAAGGGCGCACCACCCACACCAUCGGCUUAUGGUACACGGCCAGCAUACGGCACGCCGGUGUCUGGAGGCCAAAUGCGCAGCACCUACUACGGUCCAUCACAAUAUGCUGCUCCACAGACGCCUGCUGCCGCUGCCGCUGCCCCCUACAACGGCGUACCCGGCAAUCCCCAGCAAAUGAUGCUUGAAAGGCAACAAGCCCAGCAAGCACAGGCCCGGCUUGCGGCACAAAAUAGCUUCAGCAGUAGCAGGCAAGGCUCAGGGACGCCGCAACCUCCCAACGGGUCCAUGUAUGGCGCCAAUGGGGCGUCCAUGUCCACGUAA